CUCUGCUGGAUGCUACUCUUCUGUUUAGAAGUGGGAUUCCAUGUUACAUCAGCCCUGUGAUCCUGCUGCUCAUGUGCUACUUGAAGUGGAUUUGGAAGAAAGACUUCAUGAGUUGGACCUUAGAAGUGAUUCAGAUAUUCCUGAUGUUCCUCCACCAACAGACAGCACUCCAGAAAUCCUCAAGAGGGCUUUGUCAGGCUUGUCUGCCAGAUGGAAAAAUUGGUGGAUUCGUGGAAUUCUCUCCCUAGCUAUGAUUUCUGGGUUUUUCCUGAUUAUAUAUCUGGGAUCGUUUAUGCUGAUGCUUCUGGUCUUAAGCAUCCAGGUGAAGUGCUAUCAUGAAAUCAUUACUAUUGGUUACAGAGUCUACCACUCCUAUGAUUUACCAUGGUUUAGAUCCCUCAGCUGGUACUUUUUGCUGUGUGUGAACUACUUCUUUUAUGGAGAGACAGUAGCUGAUUACUUCGCUACGUUUGUGCAAAGAAGAGAACAGCUGCAGUUCCUCAUUCGUUACCACAGAUUUAUAUCUUUUGCACUCUAUUUAGCAGGAUUCUGCAUGUUUGUUUUGAGUUUAGUGAAGAAACAUUAUCGUCUGCAGUUUUACAUGUUCGCAUGGACUCAUGUCACUUUGCUGAUCACUGUAACUCAAUCUCAUCUUGUCAUCCAAAAUCUCUUUGAAGGCAUGAUCUGGUUUCUGGUUCCAAUUUCAAGUGUCAUCUGCAAUGACAUUACCGCUUAUAUUUUUGGAUUUUUCUUUGGCAGAACUCCAUUAAUUAAGCUGUCUCCCAAGAAGACCUGGGAAGGGUUCAUUGGAGGAUUCUUUUCCACUGUUAUAUUUGGAUUUAUUUUUUCCUAUUUUUUGGCUCAACAUCAGUACUUUGUCUGCCCUGUGGAAUACAACAGUGAAACCAACAGAUUUGUGACAGAGUGUGAACCUUCAGAGCUCUUCCAAAUGAAGAAGUACUCUGUGCCACCAUUACUUCAGGCUGUGCUGGGAUGGGAAACAGUGAAUAUGUACCCAUUUCAAAUGCACAGCUUUGCACUGUCAACAUUUGCCUCGUUAAUUGGGCCAUUUGGAGGAUUCUUUGCCAGUGGAUUUAAAAGAGCUUUCAAAAUCAAGGAUUUUGCAGACACAAUCCCUGGGCAUGGUGGGAUAAUGGAUCGCUUUGAUUGUCAGUACCUGAUGGCCACUUUUGUCCAUGUCUAUAUCACCAGUUUCAUAAGGGGAGCACAUUUCUCAACCUUCAGCAGCCAUCGUCAACAGGCCUGGAGGGGUUGGAGGCCGUUUCGAGCAUGCAGAAGGUGCUGCAGUGGCUUGAAGUCUAUGUUCCCAGUGAUCCAGGGACCUUGGCCAAGGAGGAUGAGGACAGUGAAAACAAGACUGACAAGGGGCUGUCCCAUGAGAUAUUGGAAGAGGAUAUGCCCUCAGACACCUACGAAGACAGAAGCGGAAGCGAAGGCGUGUCAGAAGACUUCAGUGACCAAGAGCCGUUUCAAUGGGAACAGGAUGAGAACAAAACAGCAAAAGGAAAGGCUAUCAGCAAACUGCAGAGGAUAUCUCCCCCCCUGGCUGCUUCCAUGCACACCAAGGAUGAGCCAGCCAUGUGCUCAAGACACCAACGAGGGAAGGCCAGCGUCACCACACCCACAAGCGCUAGCCAGGCAGCAUAUACUCCUACCUGGGAAGCGGCCCCAGUGCCUGGAGUGCAGAGAAGAGCUCACCUCCUGCCCUCACAUCCCCCUGAAGACAGAUCUCCUUCCCUCACAGCCACCCACAGCCCGGUGCAACAGCAGCGCCCGUCCCUGUUCAGGAGGGCACUCAGGGCUGUGUGCAGGGCGCUCCUUGGCACCCACCGCCCACGGGAGCAGCAGAGCCCUGCUCCCAGUGCCAGGCAGCUGCCUGGAGAGGGCUGCUCAGCGCCUCAGCAGCGUCCUCUGAGAGAGUGACGCAGGGAUGGAUGCAGGGAUGGAUGCAGGAUGGUGCCUCAGGCACCUGGCUGUCCCCAGGCCAUCCUGCUGCCAGGCUGCUCUUGGCCAUGUCUUUGUGACGCCAGCCUGUGGUUCCCCAUCAGACAUUCUGAUUAGCUCUAGGUCAUUUUUAUUGCACGUA